AUGGGUAAAGGUGCUGCGAAGUAUGGUUUCAAGAGUGGUAUUCUUCCAUCUACCAGAAGUAUUCUAAAGAAUCCUACCGUCAAUCAAACAAGCAUAAUAGAAAAGGUAAAGCAGGCGAAACCUAAGGGUAUUAAUGGUGUUGGUUAUGCUAAAGGUAUCAAGCAUCCUCGCGGCUCUCACAGAAAUCCUCCACCUGUUCAAUUUAUUGAUGUGGAAGAAGUAAUUCAUAACACCGUGAAGCCAAGACAGAAAAACUCCGAACCUGUUAGUGAGACGCAAAAGAUCAAGCUAGCCCAAGCUGAAUUACGUAGAAAGUUUUUGAGUGAAGCUUUACGUAAUGAGGAGCAAAGGUUGUUGAAGCAAGAGCAACUAUUGAAGAAGAGAGAACAACUACUGCAACAACAAAGAGACGAGGAACUAAAAGAACUUUCCAAAGAGCGUUCCAGUAACUUGACAAUUCCAACAUUGGAAGAUAUUAUGAGUCAACCAUUGAUGAGACAACGUACUCCUGAAGAACAAGAGAUAUUGAACUUGAAGAGAAAGCACAACAAGGAAAUGAUCGAAUUCAAGGCCAAAGAACGUAAGCUCGCUAACUUGAUACAGCUUGCUCAUGCAGCAGAAGAAUUCAUCACAACAGAAGAACAACUUCUAGCAACGGUUGAGAAAGUGUUCGCUUCAGAUACUCAAGAGGCUCUAAGAAGUAAACUCUCAUUGUCAGCUUCUCAACAAACGGCGAGAAAUGAAAGUGAAAUUUCCGAUGCAUUGUUCGGUACUCUUGGUAACGGAGAGUAUGUGGGAUUGCCAAUUGUUAAAGAGUUUUUAUCAGGUGAAAUGGAACAAUUUAACGAAAAUUUAAACAGCAAAUUGAAUGAAUUAUCAGAGCAAGCUGAAGAACUUAAAGAUUCCGUUCUUUGA